AUGCGGAAUGCGCUGUGCAACGGUGUUGUGCUGCGUCGCAACGUGGUGUUUUGUUGCACCCAGGUUUGGUGUGUCUUCGAAGCUCAUUUGACGCAGCUGCUGCGGUCUGGACAUGCCAAGCUCAGCAACAAGUGCAGUCACUUCAUGGACUUGGUCGCUUUUCACGAGGGCCAAAGUGUUUCGGAGUCUGUGGCAAUAUUGCAAGAUGGGCUGGUCGGCUGGCAUGAAAUCUCCGCCGGGCUUGCUCGCUUUCCAUUGGAGGUGGCGCGUGUGGGAACAACUGUGGAUGUUCGCAUGGCGCAAGCGACACUGCAAUGUGACAGGCGCGCCAUAAUGAACCACAUCGCUUUUGGAAAGGCGUCGCAAGACGUUCCAGCAAUUGACCACAGCUCGUACGAUGAGCUGAACGUUUUCGUUCACAGUGCCUUUGCAUCUGCAGAGCUUUACCGCUUGGCCUGUGAACGACCUGCAGGAUGUGUUGAGAGGGCGCGGGAGCUCUUGGCUAUGGGCGCAGAUCCCAACAGCUUUGUGCGCGAAGGCAACACUGCCAUAUUGGCGCUGGUUGGCGCUGAUCCUACACAGCCAACACCUGCAGAUUUGCCAUUGCUUCAAGAGAUGGUUUCUUUGCUUGUUGCAAGCGGGGCAAGGCUGAACCACGUCAACUCGCACAUGCAAACGGCUUUGGAUCACAUCAUUGCCACGGACGAGGCAUCGCCUGCGGCUGUGUUCCUUAGAAGUCAGGGCGCGGUGUCCUUCGAGGAGUCAGCUUCCGCAGCCGAAGAGCUCUGGAAUUCGCGCAUCAAGGCAGUACUUCGUCGAGGUGGCUUUGGCGCGCCAACAGACGAAGACCGAUCACACAGCAAGCCCACGCAGGCGUUUGGCGGCGCAGGAGGGGGUGGGUCAGGAGCAAAACUGCUAGGCCGUGCUGAGCAAAGUUUGCGUGAGGUUGCCUCGCUGACCAAGAUCUACCCGGCAUCAGUUUGUUCUAUCGAGACACCCUCUGGUCCACAUGACAAGCUGGGGCUGCGUGGAAAGGCUGUGCUUGCAGCUUUAAAAGCGGCAGGCGCGCCAAAUCCGUUCGAAUUACGCUGCUCUGGGCCAUACCAUCCUCGUGGUUCUUUGCCAUUGUUGCGCGUGCAGAUCAGCCUUGUUGACAAGUCGAAUCCAAGCGAAGCACAGGCGACGAAUCGAGGACUUCAGGACGUGACCUCGAUUGCCACCUUGCCGGAGCGCGCGCUGAGUCUUCGGCGAACAUCA